AUGGAGAGAGAGGUAGACACUGCUCGCGAGAUUGCUACCGUUCCUCCCCCGUUCCUUACCCAAGGCGUGGGGCAGGGAAAUGCUCAGAAUGUGAGCGUCUCAAGGCGCGGGGCUAAGGAACCGUCGCAAGACGGUCUGGCAUGUCUUGGAGAAGCCGGCGCUGUAGACCUGUCGAAUUUGAAGACUUCGGCAAAUCCGUUUACUGCAGCUCCGGACGAGGCGGCUGGAAGGAAGCUCGUGCCCGGAUUGCCGUCCAAGUCCCGUCCAACCGGCGACAGUCCGCUAGUGGUGCCGAGCGACAUCAGGGAGCGGGCGGAAACAACGGAGGAUGGCACCCAGGCUAGUCCGCAGAAAAUAGCGGCGUUUGACCGUAAAGACGACGGCAUGGAAGAAUACAUGCUCGUUGCUGGAUCCACUAGCCCGACAAGUGCCGAAACGCAAGAACCACCAGGCGCUGGCGGGAUGGGAGCGACGCCCCAGCGGGAAUCACCGCACGCCAAACGUCUCGCCGGCGGUACGGGGCCGCACGACCAUGCGCCGGACGCCGAGACCAACGCCGGUGGCGGGGUAGACGGUACACCCGAGCCGAAAUCACUGCAAGGGAAACGUCCCGGCGAUUGUAAAGACGACAACGGUGUGGAAGAAUACAUGCUCGUCGCUGGAUCGUCGGGCGCGGCAAGUGCCGAAACGCAAGAACGUCCAGGCGAUGGCGGAAUAGUAGCGACACCCGAACCGGAAUCACCGGACGCGGCACGUCCUGUCGGCGGUACGGGACUGCACAACACACCGCCGGGCGCCGAGACUACCGCCGAUGGCGGGAUAGGAGCGACGCCCAAACCGCAAGCCGACCAUUCCGGCGACCGUAAAGACAACGGUGUGGAAGAAUACAUGCUCAUCGCCGGAUCGACUAGCGCGGCAAGUGCCGAAACGCAAGAACCUCCAGAUGAUGGCGGAAUAGUAGCGACACCCGAACCGGAAUCACCGGACGCGGCACGUCCUGCCGGCGGUACGGGACUGUACGAUACUCCGCCGGACGCCGUGACUAUCGCCGGUGGCGGGGUAGACGGUACACCCGAGCCGGAAUCACCGGUACCGGACGGGGAACGUCCUGCCGGCGGUACGGGACAGCACGACGUGCCGCCGGUCGCCGGGACCAACGCCGGUGGCGGGGUAGAAGGGCCGCCCGGGCCGGCUGAACCACCGCACGGGGAACUUCUUGCCGGCGGUACGGGGUCGCACGACACGCCGCCGGGGGCCGAGACCACCGCCGGUGGCGGGGUAGACGAGGGGCCUGCUCGAGGAUCGGCUCACGUUGACGGACCGGACCCUACUUUGGCUGCAGCACGUUACGUCACAGGCACCUCGACGGACAAGUCCACGGUGAUUGGUCGGCUGUUCCGCCGUGUGACGUCACGCCCUCGGCCCGUCUGCCUCGUCGUCACGUCGGUUGUCAUGGCAACGCUGAUAAUAGCAGUCAUCCUGUUCUGGAUGCACCUUAGCUCCCAGCAUGCAAUGGUCCGGUUUACUCCCCACUCCGGAGGGCAGGGUACUGGAAAGGCGGCCACAGCCCGGACCGGAACCGGAUCCGGAAGUACAGGCAAGCCGGAAUCUACACGUUCGCCUUGGAACGAAUCCGGAAGCGGGAAUACCAGCACGCCGGAAGUUACAGAACCGGAAGGGACCGACUCCGGAGGCGAGAGUACCGGAAUACCGGAUGCUACAAAACCGACCGUUACCGAAGACGAAUCCGGAAACGCCCUCGUGAGCGCCGGCACAACAGAGGCUACGGAUCCGGAUGCGACCGAAUCCGGAGGAUGGAGUACCGGUAAUCCGGAAUCUACCGAACCAGCUGGUACCGGAUCCGGAAGCGGGACUUCAGGGGAUCCGGAGGCUACAAAAGAGGCGCCGACCGUCGCAACCAGCUACAAGACCAUCGCUGCAGCCGCUGGAAAUGAAGGUGUUCCCAACGGGACGGUCGAGUUUGUAGUCUCGAGCAUGGGGCGACCCCUAGCGGCUCGCGGCGCAAGUGUAUCGCCAGGCGGGGAGCUGUUCCUGUGUCUGCCACUGGCCAAGCGGGUGAAGGUGUACAGCAUGCGGGGGAUUUUCCUGCACGAUUUCCGGACCAGCACUGGUCACUACCUCGCCGACGGAUUCCGGGUGAUGCGGCCAGAAGACAUCGCAACAGACAAGAAAGGGAACGUCUGGGUGGUCGGUAGCGAGAACGGCCACGGUUGGGUGGUCCAGUACAGCCGGGAAGGGCGGGUGCUGAGGACCUUCGGCCUGGGCGGCGGGAAGUUCUACAACUCCCGCGGCAUCGCGGUGGACCGGUAUAACGGCGAGGUCAUGGUGACUGGAGACGGGGAGUCGGCCGUGAAGGUCUACCGCCCCGACGGCCACCUGGGCAGGAGUUGGGGUGGAGGGAAGUUCUACAACUCCCGCGGCAUCGCGGUGGACCGAUAUAACGGCAAGGUCAUGGUGACUGGAGACGGGAAGUCGGCCGUGCGGGUCUACCGCCCCGACGGUCACCUGUUACGGGAGUUCGGACGGCGGGAGCUAAAGGCACCCCUGAGGAUAGCGGUUGGCCCGGAUCCGAGGGGCCGAGUGUUCCUGUCGGACCCGUUCAGCCACGAGGUGUUCGCAUUCACCCACUACGGCUGGUACGUGGACAGUGGUGGCUUUCUGUUUCUAAUAAAAAAAUACAGGUUUGGCGGGGUUGGGGCGGCAGACGGCCUGCUGAACCGGCCUCAGGGGCUGUGCACGGGACCCGACAGGACCGUCAUCGUGGCAGACAAGGAGAACCGACGCGUGCAGGUGUUCACGUACGACGGGAAGCACGUUCGCACCGUCCCGACCGGCGGGCGGCCCUACGCCGUGGCCGUCGGACCUGCCGGGCAACUCGUGGUCACCAACGACGUGUCCGGAUCAAUAGGCAUCUAUCCUACGUAUUGAU